AUGGAUCUAAAUGAACUCCCACCAGAUUUUGAUUAUGAUUUCCUGGAUUGCUCAGAAGCAAAUCCUUCAUAUUGCACUCAAGCAGUUGAAGCUUCAGGGCAGGGGGCAGUGCAUGACAUUGUGCAGUUUGCGGAUGAGCAAGAUGUCCCUGCUUUGGAUAGUAUUGAAGCUGCUGUUGGGUGCUGUAAUCUAGAUGAAAAUCCUGAAGAUGUGCAAACAAUUGCUGAUAACACCCAGGGAGUAGCGGGUCUGGAAGAAAUUUGGUCAACACCUCCAGUGCCGUACACUGGACAAAUCUUUUCGAGCAAGCAGGAAGUUAGAGAGUUCUACAACUCAUAUGCAUCGAGGAUUGGGUUCUCAAUUCGCACAAGCACUUCACGGCUAUCAGGUUUGACGCGGGAGCAGCACAAAAUCCUAUUUGUUUGUAACAAAGAAGGGCAUGGGGGGAAAGUGAAAGAGGGCAAUCCAGGUGAUGAAUCUGAUGACAGUGAUGAUGGAGGAGGGGUGAAUGGGACUGAAAAUAACAACAAAGGCGAUGGCGAAGAAGAUGCUGAGAAGAUAAAAAGGUUGGAUGGUACAAAGAAAAGAAAAAGGGAGAGGAUGCAUCAUACAGAUUGCAAGGCGAGGAUGGUUGUCAAACUGAUUGCUGAUAGAUGGCAUGUCAUUUUCUUUGCUCCAGAUCACAACCAUGACCUUGUUGUGAAGCCUUCCAUGAAAAAGUUCAGGAGGUCUCACAAGGGUAUCCCUAAGGAAGAGAUGGAUUUUAUUGCCUUGUUGCAUGGUUGCAACUUAAGCACUGGGCGCAUAAUGCAGCUCAUGAAUGAGUUCUAUGGAUUUGCACAGCUAGUUCUGCAUGAAGGGAAGGAUGUUGGCAACUUCCGCUCCACCAUAUGA